UUCCUUUCGGGUGAAUAAAAGUUUCGAAAGUGUCGGCUCAAGGCGGUGCAGGUGUCGCGUGCCGUAAGCGGCGUACGCGCUCCAUAAACCGGGAAGGUACGGUCAAGAUGACCAAGGAAUCGGAGGAUUUAGAGCGGGAAAAGGAAACCCUUCGCGAGCGCACCAUGCACCGGGUUUACUAUGCCGCGAAGGAGGGUUUCUGCACGCAACUGUUGGCAUUGCUGAGCGAGAUAAAGGAUGAUGAAGAACGGCAAGCUGUUGUAAAUCAGGAGUUUUUCGAAGAUGAGCACCAAAUCUUUACACCCUUGAUCGUGGCGACGCUGAACGGUCACCUGGAAGUGGUACACAUUCUGCUGGAGCUGGCUGCACCGGAUAUGGUAAAGGAGGGCUGUGUGAAGGUGCACGGCGAGCUGACGGACGGUGCAACAGCCCUCUGGGUGGCGGCUGCCCUAGGUCGCCUGAACAUUGUCAAGAUGCUGCUUCAGCAUGGUGCUGUGGUGGAUCACUGUACGAAGAAAGGCUCGACACCGUUGCGCGCCGCAUGCUACGAGGGCCGGCUAGAUGUGGUGCAGUAUUUGGUUGAGCAUAGUGCGAACGUUUGUACAGUUAAUAUGUACAACAAUACGUGCGUGAUGAUUGCCGCCUACAAGAACUACACCGAUGUGUUACUGUAUCUGCUCGAGAAGGGCGCACAGGUGAACGAGCAGGCACAGUGUGGUGCGUCGGCCCUUUACUAUGCAGCUGAAUGUGGCCAUGUGGAGGUGUGUGAGAUAUUGCUCGAUUAUGGUGCACAGUUGAUGAAGAAUACGUUCGGUUUGACGCCUGCGCUAGCGGCUGCCGAGCGAACACGUGAGGCCGUUGUACAGGUGUUCCUUGCACGACCCGGUUUGCUUACGAAAGAGGAACGCAUCGAGGUGAUGGAAUUGCUGGGAGCGUCGUAUGCGAAUGAUAAGGAUAAUUACAGCUUGAGUAAAGCUUUCCACUAUCUGCUUGCGGCAAUGGAACUUAGAUUCGAAGAUCCAGACAACAUUAUUCGAAAGCCAGCCUUUGAACCGAUACCGGCAUACGAACAUUGGCUCGAGUGUCAAACGCUCCAGGACCUGCUCGCGAUCCGCUACAAUCACAACUCGCUGCACAUGGAAUCGCUUACCAUACGGGAACGAAUACUCGGCAACCAUUGUCCCGAGGUCGCCCAUGCUAUCAUCUACCGUGGUGCAAUCUGUGCCGAUAAUGGACGCUUUGAUCGUUGUGAAAGCCUUUGGUUGCACGCACUACGGCUCCGUCAGCGUAAUGGGCUUCAAGUGCAGCGCGAUCUGUUACGGUUUAUGAAGCUUUUCUCGCAAGAAUUUCUAAUCAACGAAACGGUUCGGUUCGACAGUGUGAUCGCCGUGCUCGGGGCAUGCAUUGACGAGCUGCGUUACAAUCAGCAAAAGAUGGCAAAUCCUAGCGCGAAAGAUGAUAUGGACUCCGUAGCUGAUAAUUACGAAAUGAAUAUCGUGACGGUGCUUUAUUUGAUUACGAUUAUAACGAAGCUGCUGCAGCGGGAGCAGUUCCAGCGGACGGACGAGCAGCUGUUGCAGGUGUAUCAGAUGAUUUAUCAGCUUAACUUGAUGAUGGUACGAUUGCGGGACGAUCAAACGUUGCUACAUCUGGCUGUGAACGGUGUAACACCGGUGGAUGAAUUUGUUACGGAAGAGGUUUGCAGAUUUCCUUGUGUUGAAACCGUUAAACUACUCCUCAAAUGUGGUGCUCCUGUUGAUGUGGUCGAUGCCGAUAGAAACACCCCUUUACACACGCUAACUUCCACUCUACAAACAACUGUGCUACGGAUGGCGGACAGUAACGUUAAAUCAGUUGUAAAAGAAAUAACGGAAAUUUUCAUCGAAGCUGGCAUACAUUUGGACGCGGUAAACGCAGACGGGUUGAAAGCUUCACAAGUGUGUGUUCAAAGUUGUGUAGCAGCGUUUAUCAAAAGCUACGAAACACGUGCCAUCAAUCUGCGCUGCCUUGCUGCACGAGCGAUCGCUCAGCACAGAAUCCCGUACCGGAAGCUAAUACCACGCCAUCUGGAAGCGUUUGUGCAGCAGCACUGCACACCAAAGAGCUAGGGCA